AUGCCCCAGCUCAACAUCUCGCUCGAUGAGGAGCAGGCCAAGCCAUACUCGGCGCGCACCGUCGCCGCCCUGCGCAACAGCAUCGACGUUGCGCCCACCGCAAGCUCCCAGCAGGUCGUCAAGCUCUGGAACCAGCUCCAGGAGCACAGCAAGAACGGGACCACCGAGUUGACGUUUGGCACCAGCGAGCCGACCAUUGUGUCCCAGAUAGCCGAGCACCAGCAGUCCGUCUACGUGUCGGGGGCGCUCUGCGGCUUCUCCGAGGUGGACGCGCCCGGCAUGGACGCCUGCGACUACCCCUGGGACACGUUGCCCAAGACGGAUGGGUCUAAGAAGCUGUCGUGGUGUGGAGGAUACCUGGCGGACGCGUUCUUUGAGACGAAUGCUGGUGAGGAGAUGGCCGUGAAGGCGUAG